AAUCUUCGGGUCACCUCCGCGCCGCCGCCAUGUCAUCCUCGUUGAAACUCGCGGCGUUCAGUCCGUGCCAGAGCUUCUUUGUAUCGAUCUCUGAGGAUAACCGCGUCAAAGUCUGGGACGUUGCGACGGGCUCGCUACGACAAGAAUUGAAAGAGCGCGACCACUUGAAGUACAAAUACACGACACUCGCGUGGACGAAAGCAUCGCCUUGGGCCACCACCGGUGCGUCCAAGAAAGGCAACAAGCGCUCUGCCACAAGUGACCUCGGCGUGCUCGCGCUGGGCACGACAACCGGCGCGAUUGUCGUCUGGAACUUGGAAAAGGGCGAAGUCGGCGCUCGUUUAGCUCGUGAAACGAGCGAAAACGGCCAUGCUGCCGCCGUCACGGAUCUCGUCUUCACGUCGACGGGCGCGACAUUGUUCUCGUCGUCCAGUGAGAAGAACGUGCUGGAGUGGAACGUCAAGGACGCCACCGUCACGCGCAAGUUCAAAGUCGGAUCGGAAGGCGUCUCCAAGCUCGCGUUGUCGAAAUCGGACGACCUGUUGGCCGUUGGUAACAGCAACAUUAAGCUGUUCGACGUCGCGUCGGGAAAAAAGAGCAGCAAACUUACGUCCGGCCAUGCCACGGCCGUGGCCCACAUGGCCUUUUCCGACUGCUCGCGGUAUUUGUUUUCGUCGACGGGCGAGCGCUUUGUCAACGUUUUCGACGUGUCGUCGGACUCGGUCGACCCGCUUUUCAAUUUCUCCGCUGACACGAGCGUCUCGACGUUGGCGGUGCGUGUAAACGUGGCCAAGAAGGCCAAGCAAUCGUUGGCCUCAGUCGCGUCCGUCGCCGACAACGGAGCUGUAUUUGUGUGGCAACAUGCAAUGACUACGUCGGCCAAGCCCGUUCUUCCGGCGACACAAAUCACGUCGUCGGCUGGUGUUGUGAUGGCGGUCUUCUCGGCGGACGACGCGGGUGCGCUCGUUGUUGCCCGUGGGUCCAUCCACAAGCCGCACUUUGAAACUGUGCCGUUUCUAAAGGACGGCUCGAUUCAGUCGGCAUCCAUUAUGCUGACUGCGCUCGAUACGUCGUCGCUGCUUGUGUCGAAAAAGAGCAAGGUCGAAAAGGUUACGGACAAAACGACCGAAGCGCAUGUCCCGACUCUGGUCGAGCGCGGCACGGCCAAGGCGUCCACGAUGGGCGAUGCCACCGUCGCUGCCGACGACGACGAUGAAAAUGGCGACGGAACCGAGGAUGACGACGACGUCACGCUGGAAGAUCGCUUGCAAAUGCUUCGUGACAACAUCGACGACAACGACGACGAAGACGAUGCGCUGACGACUGCGACUACCCGCACAACAACGUUGAGCCGCGCCAAGGCUCAGGCGUCGUCGACGUCGCUCGUCAGCGUGCUGGAGCAAGCGCUGCAAUCCAAGGACAACGCGCUCCUUGAACACUGCCUCCGCGUGCACGACGCCAAGGUGAUCGACGAAACGUGCCGUCGGCUCAACACGACGCGGGUGUUUCCAUUUUUGCUCUUGCUCGUGGAAAAAUUUGAAAAGCGGCCGACGCGCGGCGCGACCAUGUGCCAAUGGAUCAAGUUCCUCAUGCUUAACCACACGGCGUACCUCAUGACCGUGCCCGACGUGAUCGACAAGCUCAGCACAUUGUACCAGUCGCUGGACGCCCGCGUCAAGGUGUUUCCUCAGCUGCACAAACUGUCGGGCCGGUUGAAUCUGGUCCUGGGCCAGAUUGCCGGCCGAUCCAACGUCGAAGUCGUCGACGACGCGCCGGACGUUGUGUACAACGAAGACGAAGACAACGACGAUGGCGGAGACGAAGAUGAAGAUGGCGACGAAGACAUUGACCAAGAGGAUGAAGAUGACGACGAAGAAGACGACGAGUAAACCGAUAGAUUAUAAUAGCUAACACACGUAUUAUGGCACAGUGCAGUCGUGACGAGAAUGCCGGGGCGGCAUCGUGCAGAAGCGCUCGUUUAAACGCUCGGGCCGAAGCACGGACAGCGCAUGCAGGAUACGACGUAACAACGUUCGAUUGAGUUAGACAAGAGGGGUGUACUCUUCCGACGACUUGCGUGACAGGGCGAAUGCAGCCACGAGCGCCGUGCCCACAAUACCCACCGCAGCGCCAACCCAAAACGACUCGUUACCCUGCGCCGCCACUGCCGUCGCCUGUGCCGUCACACCAGCCAACGGAUCCACUCCACCAUGGAGCAAACUCUCCACGACAGAGCGAGGGGGGAUAUCCAUGGAAUGGACGUCCGAUGCCAACGCGGCACCCGUCACAUCCACGUGCCACUCGCCGUAAUUCACGCUCAACGCCCGACGGUUGGAGGCGUCGCCAAAGUCGAUCUUGGUCAAGUCCAUGCUGCGAAGAACUUGGUUCUCGUUCGAGCGAAAGUAUAGCACCCGUGCCUUGUGGUCGCGCACUAGGGUGUACUGAGUGGCUUCGCCGAAGUCAAUGAACGGAGCUGGGAUCGUGACCGUGUUGAUAAUGUGUACGGCAGCCGAGAUGGCUGCCUGGUCUGGCGUGGCAAUGCUGUAGCUCGUGUUGGGCAAAAACUUGGUCGCGCCGUGGCGAUUCAAGAACGUCAGGCGUUGAAAGCGCUCGGUGGGAGAGUACCCGCCUGAAAACGUAAAGUCGUUCGUGCCUGCUGCCUCGUCGUGGGCGGCUACGAGCUCCAGCUGCUCGAGAAACGGCGGGUCGUUCGUCAGGACACCAGCCGGGUUGUCGUACACGUUGACAGUCCCGUUGAGGAAUUCGAUCACAAUCGACUUGCCGGACGCGUCGUGGAUGGGCAAGUGCAAUGGAAACUUGUCGAACGUCGUGAGGCCAGGAGUCGUCAGGGCCUGCAGCCUGCCGUCAAAGGCAGACAGUUGAAUCUCCGGCAAGCCGGCUUUGACUUCGUCGACAGUUGCGUAGUUGCCGAGAAUGUACGUAACGAACGACGAGAUGAUCGGAUGGGUCGACGCUUGAGCAAUGUCCACCUUGGGAUAGUCGGACCCGACAAGAAAGAGGAAUCCAGCGGACAGGCCCUCUUCAUUGAGACCGUCGGCGGCAGCGUUGAUGCCUAACGUGUUAAGGCCCACGUAGCCGUACUUGGUGCGCCACGCGUAGUCGGGGCAAUCCGGACAGCCGUCAACGAUGAGUUCUUGGAUGACCGUGUUGCGUGGAACGAUCUCGACGAGGCUGCGGAGGUCGAUCUUGAAGUCCAUCGUCCGCGCCGACACGACAUGCGUCGUCGAGUUUAAGAGAAAGUCGCUGCAGCCAUGGACAAGCGUCGCGCAGAACGCCAGGAAGAGCUUGGGGCUGGUCACCAUAUGAAGG